AUGAGCUUUUUACGUUAUAAAACUCACAUCGAAGAAGGCGAAUUAGUUAUUGCUUAUUUAAUGCCUUCACAUAAUGGUAGAGGUUUUAUGUAUUUACUUCACCCAACACCAGAAUUAUGGACCCAUGUAGUUCCACAUAGGACACAAAUUUUAUAUGCCGCUGAUAUUUCUUAUAUAACAACGUAUCUCGAUUUAAAACCUGGUUCUGUAGUACUAGAAUCCGGAACGGGGAGUGGAUCAUUUUCACAUUCUUUGGCACGAACAAUUGCACCAAAUGGUCAUUUGUAUACAUUUGAAUUUCACGAAGAGCGGGCAAAAGCCGUAAAGCAGGACUUUGAAGAGCAUGGCUUGUCGGAUCUUAUUACAAUAGAAUGUAGAGAUGUUUGCAAGAAUGGUUUCGGCGUUACCGAUUUAGUCCAUGCUGUAUUUUUGGAUCUACCUGCACCAUGGGAGGCAAUUCCAGCGGCUAAAGAAGCAUUUAAGCAAAAACGUAUAGGCAAGAUAAGUUGUUUUAGUCCAUGCAUUGAACAAGUGCAACGGACUUGUGCGUCCUUGAAUGAAAAUGGUUUUGUUGAAAUUAAGAUGUAUGAAUGUCUUAUGCGUGAACAUGAAAUUAAAACAAUACCAAUAUAUACGGUUACUGAUGCUGUAAAUAAAAUUAAAUUACAACAAGAUAAAAAACGUAAACGUAAGGAAGAUCGAGAUGAACAGGAUAAUGCUAAUGCUGAUAGUCAGGUUUCUAAAUCAAAACAAGAUCCUCCAAAUCUGUAUGUUUCCAAAACACCUAAUGAAGUCAAAGGUCAUACCAGUUAUUUAACUUUUGCAACUUUUUUACCAGUUUUGGAAGAACAGUUUUUAACGAAAUAA